AUGGAAUUUAAGAACCAUACACCAGGCUUCUUUACUCUUCUCGGUCUUUCUGAGAAGCCUUACCUCCGCCUCCCUCUCUUCUCUUUCUUUCUCUGUGCCUAUACUCUUUGUGUUGUUGGAAACUUUUUGAUCUCAUUACUCAUCUUAACUCAACCUCAGCUCCAUACUCCCAUGUACAUCCUGCUUGGAAGUCUCUCUCUAGUUGAUAUCUUCCUGACGUCUCUCACCAUUCCUCGGGCACUCUGUGGAUUCUUGUCUGGAAACAACACCAUCUCUUAUGUUGGGUGCUUCCUUCAGCUUUUUUUGUUCCACAUGGUUGGAAACAUGGACAGCUUUGUACUUGCGAUCAUGGCCCUAGACCGGUAUGCUGCAGUCUGCCAGCCACUGCACUACUCUGCAAUCAUGAGUAAAAAGACAUGCAUUUGUCUGGUAACCAUAUCGUGGAUUAUCGUCAGCCUCCACUCUGUUUUGUUCACGGUCAUGACGUCCAUUCUUCCAUAUUGUGACUGGAAUGUCCAUCAUUUCUUCUGUGAUGUUCCAGCCAUGCUUAUGCUGUCCUGCACAGACACAUAUACUCAGCAGAUGGUUGUGUUUAUUGAAGGAUCCCUCAUUGUUAUGGGUCCCAUGCUUUUCAUCGUGGGCUCUUAUGUCCUGAUCAUCAGAGCUGUGCUAAAGCUGAAUUCAUCCCAAGGAAGGAGGAAAACCUUCUCCACUUGUUCUUCUCAUCUCACAGUUGUCAUUCUCUUCUACAGUUCAAUUAUCUUCAUGUACUUUCGUCCAAGCAACCUCUACUCCCCAAUGUACGAUCAAGUGGUCAGCAUAGUGUACAGUGUCAUCACUCCCAUGCUGAAUCCUUUUAUAUAUUCUCUAAGAAAUAAAGAGGUGAAAACCGCAGCAAAGAAAGUACUGCAUUGUGGCUGUAAUGGAGAGAAAUGA